UGCCAGUGACCUCCUGCCAUCUGCGCACAAAGACCAUCGACUCGAGCGCAGACCUCGACAACUCAAUGAUCCUCCGUAAACCUACUUGGGGAUAUGGCUAACCGCGGGGCUCAGCGACGACGCGGUUGAGGUACAAUUUGAUCUCUGUCGCGACUGUCUUCAAGUUGCCCUCCGCUAAGCCUGGAGUCCAGAUUUCACCAGUAUCGCAUCGCGAUGCCCAGUUAUGUGCUGUCAAACUAAGUGGUGUUGACGAGUGCAAACCCUGAUAGCCUAGAAGCCGUUGCAUUGAUUCCGCUCAGGUCGUUCGGCUCGGAACUUGCAAGCAUAUAGCAUGGCCCCACCGGAACUACCCCUCGAAUUGCAGCAGCAUAUUCUGGAUGAGUUCAGCUGUCUCAUUCCCAGUGAUCGCGAGACUUUGAAGUCUUGCAACCUGGUCUGUCGUGCAUGGAGCUGGAACGCGCGAUCGCGUUUCUGGACAGUUAUCGAGUCGAACAACACUCGCGACUGUUGUCAUCUCCUGUCCGUCCUAGAGGAGUCGGCGCGGGUAACUUUGUCGGAGCGCUUCAGCUGCCCAAGAUGGAGCAUACCCGCGAGCAUGCGUUGCGAGCUACUGCGUCGCCUCACACCUCACAUGUCGAUGGUCAAGUGUCUCCAUGUGAAGGCUUCAACAUCAGCUCCCUGCUUCACCACUUGCACUCCAUACCUUGCCAGCAUGGACUAUCUCCCGCAAUUCAAUGGAGCCUUUCCGUCGGUCUUGAGCUUGAGCAUCCACUUGCUCUUCGUGACUAGCCAAGGCUUAGGACGAUGUUCAAUGUAGCCUCUAUCAAGGACUUCCUCGCACAUCGUAGAGAGGGGACUAUCCGUAUACAAGAGCUCGAUUUGACGAACUGCCUCAUACCGAUAGGACUAAUGUCGGGGCUGCUGGACACAUUGGCAGCCCCCCCAUUCGAGUUGCAGCUGUCUUCAAAAAUUAGCUAAGGAGAAUAACGUCGAGUUGGGCGCAACUAUCGAUUACGUGAGUUGAAGACGUUACGAGCCGGUGGCCCAGUGUGAACCUUUCUGACAAUCAAGAGACGGUGAACAGGCAACUGCGACCAGUCGUACUUAUUUGCCUCCGAGUCCUGGAAUGUUCGGAAGGCGCGUCCUGCCAGUAGGGUAUUCUGAUGGCCGUGCGUGUGUAGUCUCUUGUAUUUGCUGGCCCGUAGUAAUUUAUGAAGACGGCG